GUUAAGAAAAAAUUGCCACUCAAAACCCUAAAAAUAUAAUAAAACAAAAAGAGGAUGAGAAUGAGAGAAUAAAAAAGCAAAUAAAUAUACAAAAGCCUCUCCUAGCUUUCCUUCCUCUCUUUAAUUCUCUUUUCUCUUUCUCUCUUUGCUUUCUCUCUUUCUUGGCUCUGGUAUUCCCUUGGGUGUGAUUCUCCACCAUAUUUUCCUAAAGAGCCAUCAACCUUUAUAAAAGAAGAAAAGACCAGAAAAAAAAAAACCAUGGUUUUCUCAUCCAUUCCAGUAUAUUUAGAUCCUCCCAAUUGGCACGUCCAGGUUUUAUUUCCACAGCAACAAAAUCAUCAACAAUAUCAGCAGCAGCAGCAGCAACAGCAACAAAUAUCACGUGUACUUUCAGCUGAAAGCGGCGGCCAGCUUCCGCCACUGCCCCCACCUGGCCAACUUCCGCCUCAUCAUGUUGGUGGUGGUACUUCUGAUUCCCUCUCCGGCGCCGGUACUGGGUCGAUCAGACCCGGUUCGAUGGCUGACCGAGCCCGGUUAGCUAAGAUACCACAACCGGAGACGGCUCUCAAGUGUCCACGAUGCCAAUCCACCAAUACCAAGUUCUGCUAUUUCAACAACUACAGUCUCACUCAGCCCCGCCACUUCUGCAAGACGUGUCGGCGCUACUGGACGAGAGGUGGCGCCCUCCGGAACGUCCCUGUCGGCGGAGGUUGCAGGAGAAACAAGAAAACCAAAAGCAGUAACAAUAGUAACAACAACAACAGCAACAACAGGCGCUCGAAGUCUCCAGCUGGCAAUUCCGGUGAUCAGAAUAAACAAACAGCGGCCGGUUCUUCUUCGUCGACCUCGACCGGUGGCGGCCUAAUUAGUCCCUCAGCCGAGAUGAUUGGCCAUUUGCAGCAAGUACCUCAACUGGGUCAUAAUAACUCCUCGUUCUUGGCCUCUAUGCAAAACCUAACCCGAUUCGGGUCUGGAAACUUGGGCUUAAAUUUCACUACUAAUGAUCAGAUCCAGGCAGCCGCUGGGGCGACUGAUUUAGGGUUUCAGAUAGGAUCAGAAGUGGAUCAGUGGCGUUUGCAGCAAUUCCCUCUACUGGGUGGUCACCAUGACUUUGAGUCACCGGCCACAGGUAAUUUGUACCCUUUUCAAGGUUGUAGUAGUACCAGUGAUCACCAUCAACAAGGAAAUAAUGGUAUGGACGUUGGAGAUGAUCACAUCAGCCAUAACAAUAACAAUAACAAUAACAAUAUGCUGUUUAGGUCGAACAUGUCUUCCUCGUCAGGUUCUAGGGUUUCACAGUUUAUCCCUCCGGUGAAAAUUGAAGAUCACCGCAGUCAAUUAGGUGGUGGUGGGCUCAAUCUUUUACGACCUAAUUUGGGUCUUUCAUCAGAAAACAACAACCAUAACUACUGGGGUCCAAGUGGAAAUACUAGUUCUAGUCCGUGGACAGAUUUAUCAGCUCUCAACACUUCUAACACUUCCACAACCCAUCCUCUCUUGUAAGUGUUUGGAUUUUUGGAUUUAAUACUAUGAUGAUCUAUCUCUGAUCCCAUUUGAUGAACGACAGCUAGAGAUCCGUCGACUGAUCAUGGUCACGAUAUCAAUAUCGAUCUAGCUUCAAUGAUGAUCUCAUCAUCUUUAUCUUCAAGAAUUAUCAGUCAGAAUCAAAUUUUAUAAUUUGCUGUCUUGUAUUGUGUCGACUACCACUCUUAUAUAAUAUUAUUAAUUUGUUUGGUGUCACUAAUUUGUUUGAUUAUAUAUUUUAGUUCUGUUGUGAUAUAAUAUCUAAAUAUAUAAUAUUGAGUUUGAGUAGUAGUAGAAGUACUACUUUGAGUAUGGUCAUGAUCAUGGGUUUGUUUGUAGUAAUAGUACUAGCUAUAUAGUACUGUAAGUUAUAUUAUAUGGGUUGACAAGUAUUGAUGUGUCAAUAGAAAAAAGCUGGCGCUUUUAUUAAUAUGCCAUCUUUCACUCA